AUGCGACGACUUCUGAAAACAACCACAACAACAACACGAAUGGGGCAGCCCUCUGUAAUUAACGGCAUAAUGGAUUGGUUUGUUCUAUCCGUUGUUAUCCUUUCUACAAGAUGCUCGGCUUUGCAGCCGAAUUUUAUAGUUAUUUUCGCGGACGACUUAGGUUUCGGUGACCUAGGCUGCUAUGGGCAUCCUUCUUCACUUACUCCAAAUAUUGAUCGUCUAGCAGCUAACGGACUCCGUUUCACAGACUUCUACACUACAUGUCCUGUUUGCAGUCCAUCCAGAGCAUCGUUACUGACAGGCCGGUACCAGACCCGCUCAGGAAUAUAUCCAGGAGUGCUUUAUCCUGGGUCCAGAGGCGGGUUGCCCCUGAACGAGACCACCAUUGCGGAGUUGCUGAAGCCACUGGGCUAUGCAACUGCUGCUGUGGGGAAAUGGCACUUGGGAGUGGGCCCUGGUGGAAUGUACCUCCCCACCCACCAGGGGUUUGACCAGUACCUUGGCAUUCCCUACUCUCAUGACAUGGGGCCCUGUUGGAACCUGACGUGCUUCCCACCAGAUGUGAAAUGCUUUGGAUUAUGUGACGUUGGCACCGUAGCCGUCCCACUGAUGCUUCAGGAUGUGAUCAAGAAACAGCCUGUCAACUUCCUGACUCUGGAGAGUUCGUACAGUCAGUUUAUGUCAACCUUCAUUUUCAAUUCAGCAUCGAUGAGCAAACCCUUCUUCCUCUACUAUCCAUCCCAUCACACACACUACCCCCAGUAUGCGGGGCCCAAGGCGACCGGGGCUUCUCUCAGGGGUCCGUUCGGAGACGCUCUGUUGGAGUUUGACAGCACGAUAGGCCACAUCCUGGACGUCCUAGAGCAGACGCAGACCAUCAACAAUACCUUUAUAUUCUUUACGGCUGACAAUGGGCCGGAGCUGAUGCGGAUGUCCCGCGGAGGCAACGCGGGUCCGCUGAAGUGUGGGAAGGGCACCACCUUUGAAGGGGGCAUGAGGGAGCCCGCCAUCGCCUUCUGGCCGGGCGUCAUAGCACCAGGUGUGACCCACGAGCUGGCCAGCACCCUGGACCUGCUGCCCACCAUCGCAAGGCUCUCGGGGGCCAGCCUCCCCCAGGUGCAGCUGGAUGGGGUGGAUAUGACCGACCUGAUGCUGACACGCGGGAAGAGUAAGAGGGGCACGAUGAUGUUCUACCCCACAGAUCCCAGUGAGAAAACCAGCAUAUUCGCUCUGCGGCUUGGCAAAUACAAGGCCCAUUUCUACACACGGGGUGCCACACACAGUUCGACAGGCCCGGACCCGGACUGUCAGUUUGCCUCUGCGCUGAAGGCUCACGACCCCCCCCUGGUCUUUGACCUGGAGUCGGACCCCUCGGAGAACUACCCCCUGUCCCUGGACACGGAGCCUGCUCUACACGGCCUGCUGGACAAGAUCCUUGAGGCCAAAGCUAAGUUUGAAGCCUCCAUGGUGUUUGGUGAGAGCCAGGUAGGAAGAGGCUCAGACCCCGCACUAGCGCCCUGCUGUGCCCCUCUGUGUCAACCUAAACCCAGCUGCUGCCAAUGUUGAUGCAUUGGCAAGACUGACCCCAAGAUUGACUUGAACUCCGGAUUUCCUUGCUUUCGCCUAGAGCAGGGGUUCCAAACUACUGAAUUGUCACCAAGUCCCAGAUAGAAGGGCUUUUUAACUCUGUUUGAAUGUGAAAUCUUUUUGUGAUGUGCCUCGAAUAUGUUUUGCUCAUCAUUGUUCAAAGAAUGCAUAAUUUUCCCUUCUGUUAAUUGGAUCACGAAUGUAUUCAGCAAUGCACUUUUUGUUUUGCAAUGGUAAAAUAAAGGACAAAUAAUUUGGACAUCAAGCAUAUAUUUUAUUCAUUAGAACCAAACCCAUGACAUGGCAAUGUGUUUUUUGUCAUUUUUUUAACUUUCAAUUUUACAAGUCCUUGUUUUUUUUAAAGAUACAAGAUGGGAUAUGUUUGUUCUGUCACAUACUGAUUUUCCGCAGGUAUACAGUGAAGAAUUUGUGUACAUGUAAUAAAGUCAAAUGUUUGGUAUAACUGUUAUUGUAAUGUGGGUCUUAGAGAGGUUAUGCCAGUGUUUCUCAGAGGCUAGCUUACAUAGCUAUGUAACACAACAGUGUCAGCUGCACUGUGAAACAUAAAAAGAAACUCGAAACAAAGAGGUUCAGAUCAGAGAAGAGGCGUGUGUUCCGAGCUUGACAGCGCUAGCUAUAAUUGGCAGAAUGCAAUCAUGGUUAUCCUAAAGCAGCUCUCUAACAGCACAUUGUUCAGUAUUUAUGUGGUCAUGUUAUACAAUAGAGAUUUGGAAUUACCAGGUACUGAAAACACAGCCCUUGUGACGGACACUGUAUUAAUAAAUGCUGCAUGGACACAUGACACUGAACUCAAAUGAUUGCAGAUCACAUACGUUUUCAUGUUUUUCUUUCUCUUGCACUUCCUUUUUUUGUUGGUUUUCCAAUUUUUCUAAAUUAUUUUCUAAGUAAUGUACAUAUUUAUUUCAAUAACAUAGUUAACAUAAAUGACACAGCACUAUCUUUUCGAUUCACUAUCCAUUUGUACAUAAUCUAACUGACACAUGUAAAUAACACAUAACGCCAUCUCCUUCUUGUCGGUCCAACUGUCUCAGCUAUUCUUUCUUAAAAUGGUCACAGAGGGCAACAAUGGCUUGGAAUUUGAGUCCAACAGAACAUGUUUAUCUAUUGACUAUAACUUUAAUGAACCCAUGACAUUCCUGUUGGCAGGCACAAUGCAUUGGACCUAGUUCAAUACGAAUUAGCCACCCCAAAUCAUUGAUUUGUGUGUAUUGCAUACAAGAAUGAAUGAGGGGUAGACAACGAUUAUGUUAAAAGGAACAAACUCACUCACAUCCAAUAA